AUGCUUAAUGCUUCUUUGGCUCCCGAAGCGACGGCGAAUGAGCAAGAUGGCCACGAAAACGACAAACAUGCCGUCUUGAGGCUACUUUCCCAGGAGGAAUAUGGUGAUACCAGCGAUGAGGAGACCCAAGACAAUACAGUCAAGCCGCAUGGGGCCCACCAAGAUAAAAGCCUCAACGCCAUCGAAGCGUGGUUUCGAUACAAGGUCCACAACGGGCACGAACUAUUGGGACUACUAGAACUGGUUGACUUUCAUGAGCCCAAUCCCGACAACUGCAAGGCUGGGAGUGAAAGUUGCCGGAAUCUUCGACAAAAAGUCGAAGAGGCUGAAAAGUCAAUGGGAUGCGACUGGGAGACAAGUAUCGGCCCACUCGCUCGCGACGUCUCUAUACAUCUCAAAGAUGCAGGCAAGAACUUGGAACGUAUCCUGAAAAGGUUCCAGGGUCAUGCGAAGAAGAUCGAGCCUAAGCCCGACUACGACGACCUGUUGCUCGACAACGCGGAGUACAUCGACCGAUUCAGGCCCUCGCAGAAACACCACGUCUACGACACGGGCGUUGAACGCCUGCCUACCUCCACGUCAGAGCUCUUUCUUCCAGACCGCCAAACGGCACUCCGCAGCUCUAGCGGCCGUUCUCGUCUCUCCCCUCGGAUCGUGGCAGGAACACCCAUCAAAACCGAGCAAAGCACAUGCAUAUCCCACCUCAAUAACGCAUCGACCGUGUCCCAGGGCCACCAAGCCAUCUACACGCCAGGCAGUAGCUGUCAGAAAGAGACGAUGGGUACUUCACGCAUUUCCUCCAAAAAGGUGCAUUGGCCUACUGGCAAGGAGACUGUUGCCGACACUGGAAAGGACUUGUCCAGGGAAAGACGCGAAGCGAGACGACAGCGACGAGGAGCCUGA